AUGACCAACUCGGUUCUGUCGCCAACCGAGCCCACUGACGAAAACAACAUCCAUCCCAAGAUGCCCUGGAAUUCCAUGUCGGCGAAUGUCGGAUUCGUGUCACGGCCAAAAGGACAGCCUCUGUCGCCCACAAAAUAUGGCUUGAAUCAAGGUUCAGACCCGUUCAGACCCCCCAACAGCAUGGCUGAGCGUUCGACCCUGCUCGAUGGUAGUCAUCCUGAUAUUGAAGAUGGAUCAAAUGACAUACAGGAGUCUUUUUCCCGCACUCACCGCUCUCUUACCUCAUCCGCCCGCCCUAUACUAUCACCAACACGUGCCACCAACCACGAGCAGCGUCCAUUCGAACACCAGGCUCUUAACAACAGUUCCAUAAAACACAUUGGCAAUGAUCCAUUUGGUUCCGGCCAGCGAUUUGAGAACGGGCACCAUCAUCCAGCCAAUGAUAACACCAUGGCCAACGGCACUGGUAUGGUUGCAGGGAUUGGCAACAUUUUCCAAUCCGCAAGACCUGGAUAUCCUCAUCAUUCAUCCAACAUCCCCAAUUCUUACCAGGCCCUCUCUCCGCCCUUCCCAACCUCCAACGGCCGUGUCUUGCCCACCACCCAACGACCAGAUUCUUACUCUCCCUCGACACAUGAGUUUACCGAGAGUCCUCCGUCUCUGGUCCCAACCAGCUUCAAUCAAGCUCAAGACCAUACCGGGUCAGUUCCGGCCCGCCGGAGUUCAAUGUAUCAGCAACCAUAUCGAGACAGCAAUGGCGCAGAGCUUCGAGCUCUGGUCCAGCCAAGCAUCCAAUUUCCUGGUAUGGAAUCGACAUUCCAAACAACCCAAGGUCAUCUGAAUAAGGCGAAUACUUCUCGACUGGAUCCUCUUGCUACUCCUCAUCAUGCUGGCAUGCCAUAUGGAGGUCGCGGAGCUCUGUCGCCAAUGGCAAAUGAAUACCGAAGUAAUUUCCAUAGCCCGUACUACUCCGCUGCCGCCACCCCGCCAACUGGACCCGAGUCAAUUCGUAGCACCCCAGCCAGUGGUGCUUCCAGCAGGACGUCCCACAACGACCAAAUGUUACUCGAUCAAAAGCUACGCAAUCUUGAAGUAUAUCACUAUGAUCAGAACCCGUCGACGAUGACUUCAUUACAGCAACAGUUGCAUCAUGUUCAUCAGUAUGACCUUUCAGGCCAUGGCCUUGCUGUGCGUCUAAAUCCACAAGCUCAUCCAUAUGGUGGCUUGAAUUAUCCACAGCUCAGCAAUUACCCAGCGGCCCCUCGAUUUCAAGGUCGAGAGCCCGACCAUCAAGCUGUUCGAAGUCCCAUCUUGGAAGAUUUCAGGAUGAAUAGCAAGACCAACAAGCGACUCGAACUCAAGGACAUCUACAACCAUGUGGUAGAGUUCAGUGGUGAUCAACACGGCUCUCGGUUCAUUCAGCAAAAGCUGGAAACGGCCAACAGCGAUGAAAAGGAGCAAGUCUUCAAGGAGAUUCAACCGAACCUUCUUCAGCUAAUGACGGAUGUUUUUGGCAACUAUGUGAUUCAGAAGAUGUUUGAACAUGGCAAUCAAUCGCAGAAGAAGGUGUUAGCCAACCAGAUGAAGGGCCAUGUCUGGACUUUGUCAAUGCAAAUGUACGGAUGUCGCGUGGUACAGAAAGCUUUUGAAUAUGUGUUGACCGACCAGCAAGCCAGUUUGGUGAAAGAACUUGACGGACCAAAUUCUCAAAUCUUGAAAAUUGUGCGGGAUCAAAACGGCAACCAUGUGGUUCAAAAGGCAAUCGAACGGAUUCCCGGAGAACAUAUCCAAUUUAUUGUGGAUGCGCAUCGAGGGCAGAUGAUGAAGAUGUCAACGCACCAAUAUGGAUGUCGGGUGGUGCAGCGGAUGCUAGAACAUUGUCAACCUAAGGUGAAGCGAGUGAUACUGGAUGAACUUCUCCAGAACAUUCAACCACUGAUCCUUGACUCAUACGGCAACUAUGUUGUUCAGCACAUUAUUCAGAGCGGCGAGCCACAAGACCGACGCUUCGUUGUGAAUAUUGUUAUCAAACAGCUCCUCGUCUUCUCGAAACACAAGUUUGCCAGUAACAUUGUGGAGAAAAGCAUUGAUUUCGCGGAUCAAGAUCAACGGAUUGAGAUAUUGCGACAGUUAACGACACCAGACGAAAUGGGAUCAACCCCAGUGCUUGGGCUGAUGAGGGAUCAGUUUGGCAACUACGUACUGCAAAAAGUUCAUGCCCAACUAGUAGGGGCCGAGCUCGUUGGGCUGGAAGCUGAUAUGAAGCAGAACUAUCCUCUUCUCAAGCGAACUAGCUACGGCAAGCAAGUUGGAGCGAUUGAAAAGCUGUUGUUUGGAGGCAAUGGACGGUCGACUGCUAGUACGAGUAGUCAUGGUUCAGAGCUCCCGAGCACCACCAAUAGCAGUACUACCGACAGCCCAGACACUCCGACCCGUCCAUCGGAAGGAAAAUAG